AUGUUUUGUUGUUUUUUCAUGUAUGUAAGUUUUCUCCUCCGGAAUAAUAACCUAUAUUCAAUUUCUUGUGAUUCAUGCUUUGUUAUGGAUUUUCAUUAUUUUGAUAUGAGGAUGAAAGUCCGAGGAAGUAGUGUAUAUGAUCUGUUUUCUGUGGAGUACAAGUUAGAGAACCAUUUUUGUCUUCAUGGGAGGAAAAGACAAUUUAUUAUGGGACAUUGUUUGGUACAUGUUGUGGAUUGGGUUGGGUUAAUGGUGGUGGUGGUCCGGGAAUCUAUCCAACAAUUUGUCCAGGUGGAGAGAGAGUGUGGGACAACCAUCACACCGCCAGUGUCCCUCCAUAACUCCGUCGACCUAGAAACAAAUCUACUUGUUCAGAUUAUUGGAUGA